AGGGCAUCAUAUGGCGCGUCGGGGGCGGGCAGGACAUCCGCAUUUGGCGAGACCGGUGGUUGCCUAGGGAGCCAUCACGCCAACCCAUAUCCCUGCAGGGUACGUGCCGCCUAAGGAGGGUGGCGGAGCUCCUGGAUGGCGAGGGGUCCUGGCGCAUGGAUCUGCUCCGUCGCUACUUCCUCCCUGCGGAUGUCGACGUCAUCACCAGUAUCCGUACGUCGACCCGCGUCACCGAGGAUAUUAUUGCAUGGGCACCGGAGAGGAACGGUAUCUUCACCGUUCGGUCCGCCUACCGCCUGGCCAUGGACGAGCGCGAGCGUCCUUCGGCUUCCGCCACGAGCAGGGCACCGGAUGGUCGUCGCGCCAUCUGGAAGAUCAUAUGGGGGUGCCCUGCUCCCCCUAAGGUGUCCCCUGGCAAGAGAGCUCUGGCGAGUUAUGGCCUUGGACUGGAACAUCCCCAAGGUGGAGGCCAUCGUCAACACUGGCCCAGAGUGGAUCUUUUCACUGCUGGACCCCUUGGAUGAGACGGCGAGACUGGUGGUGCUCAUGACCAUGUGGAGAGUAUGGCAUGUCCGGAAUGAGAUCACACACGACAAGGCGCCGCCCACUGCCGAAGCCUCUCGACGCUUUUUGCACGGAUACAUCAACUCACUCAUGUGCAUAAAGCAACAUCCUGAUGGUAACCUAGAGAAAGGGAAGAUGGUGGUCCUGCCUUCACCACCACGCGCUCCAGAAAGUACGGCGCCCAAGGUGCGCGCACAAUGGGUACCGCCCCAGCCGGGCUGGGUUAAGUUGAACACGGAUGGGAGCUACAUAGCGGCCACAGGUGCGGCGGGAGGAGGUAUGAUCCUGCGUGAUGACAGAGGCGAGAUCAUCUACAGCGCAUGUAGGGAGCUACGUACAUGUGACAACGCUUUAGAGGCGGAGUUAGAAGCGUGCAGAGAAGGCUUGGAGCUGGCCUUGCACCGAUCUAACCUACCUAUUCUGGUUGAGUUGGAUAGCACGGAGGCGGUGUCGAUGAUUACAGCACGCGAGAUGGAUAGAUCGUCACAUCGUGCACUUAUAAAGGAGAUUCGUAGGUUGGCUGGAAGCGAUGCUAGGGAGAUCUCUUUUACUCUUUGUAGCCGUCUGCAGAACAUGAUUAGUCAUGAGCUGGCCGCCUAUGGCCGUAGCACUCUGCGCACAGCAGUCUGGCUUACUGCCGGGAUGGACUUUGUUAUAAACCUGGCUCUCGCUGAGAAGCCUCCUUGAGUAAUGAGAAUUCCUUUUUUUCCCGCAAAAAAAAAAAAACUUUUACCCGAAUAAAUGUGUUGAGUUUUUUCUUUGAGCAUAUUUUUGUCGGGUCCAUAGACAGACUUACUCAAAUUUCAUAGACAAACCGACCGUGUUUUAUUUUUUGAAAUUACAUGCUAGUAAUAAUUAAACAUUCCCAUACAAUUUUUUCACUAUUCGUGGCAUCAACCAAAAUAGGCAGGAGAGAGCACUAUCGAACCGAUCAUUGUUUUUGAUUCGUACUGAUCAAUGUUGUUAAUUCAAACAAAUUUUCCUUUCUUGCAUAAACAUAUAACUGUUAUGUACACUUUCUUUAAGAAGUAGCAAUCAAAUCAUCAUAGACAGAAAAUUUGAAUUUGCAAUUGGUGAUAUGUGUAUGGAUUCCAUGUUUUGGUCGUCCUCAUUGUCUGCGUCAUGUACUUCAUCCUCAACCUGCUAGUGUCCUUCGUGCAAGUGAUCGGCGGCGUCAUUGUGGGCUAGUGAUCAGUGUCCGUCCAAACCUCCCUUGUGCUGCAGUACAGAGAGAAACAAAAUAGUGAGAGAAAAGAGCAGUAGAGAGAAACAAAUUAGA